AAAUUCUUUCGAAAUGCGCAGACAACAAGUGGAGCCCUUUCAAUAUACUGACAACCUCACUCCCUACGAUGUGAUGCGUAUGCAGAACACAAAGGCAUUCAAGUUUCGGAGAGGUGAAAUGUAUCCCAGCAUUAGGCCACCAAUUUCGCAAUGUGGAACCGCGGAAACGGCUGAAUGGUUAUCGGAUGCCAUGGAAGUCAGCGGCCUUGAGCGACCUAUAUGGAUUCAGAACCCCCCCGACUAUCCAUAUGCUGAAAAACCGAUACAAGAUCAGCCCAAGAUUAAUACAAAUCGAUUUGAUUAUCUGUGCCAAAAGCGCACACGACCCAGAAAAGAAUUCAUUUUAACAGGGGACCAGAGAGCGCUCGAUUGGAACAAGUUGACCCCAAGGGAUUUGAUGAGAAUGCAAAACUGCAGAACAUUUGAUUUCCAGACGUGUGAGAAAUAUCCCUCAAUAAGACCGCCAAUAUCGCAGUGUAAUCCUCUGUUGACAGCCGAAUGGCUGGCAGAUGCAGUUGAGGCCAGCGGUUGUAAUCGUCUAUUCGAUAUGGAAGUCGAUGAUAUCGUUGAGGUCUGGAAACGUAGUCCCCAAAAGGAAUCGCUUAGCUUUUACGGCCUGGGAUCUGGCAUUCAAAAACCGGAGGCUAUAGAGUUUAAUCAAGUGGUAUCCAAGUGCCUGGAUAAAGUGAACACUGUCAAGCCGAAAGUUCAGAAUGUACAGAAAAUGCAUAUACCCAAUGAGCCGCCUAUACAGCUUAAGACUCCAUCGAGACCGCGCGGAAACUUUGUACUGAAUCGUUCACUCUUGGAAUCGAAGAUCACGAAAAUGCCCACUGUACAGAAAAAGCUGGAUCCCAACAAUGCAUUCACCUGGCUUCACCGUCCCCGCACCCGCACCCGUCCGCUUCCAAGUGUCCAACUAGAGCAACCAUUUGUCGAAGGUCCGCCUGGGAUAGGUCUGAGAAAAGCACUCGAUAUGGACAAACCCGCUAGAAAGUCAAAGCACGGUCUGAGAAGAAAGCAUCCGUACUGUGAGUUGCAAUGUGGAAUUCUCGAAAAUAAAUGCACGGAAUACGAAUGGAGGCAAUACAAGGAAGAUCCUCGAGCUUAUGAAGAGGCAUUCAAGCGGGAGAUGGAAGAAAUGGAAAAGCAAACGGAAUCGAAGCCGGAGCCAAGGAACUACGAUGAGCUCUAUGCGGAAUUGGUGUCCUGCUUUCAGAAAACUCGACGCAAGGAUCCUCUCAAGAAAGCGUACAUCAAAUGCUGCGAUGCCGACUCAUUGUUUGGUGGUCCAGGUGGUUUCGGUGGUGCGGGCGGUGCUGGAGCUGGUGGUAGUGGUGCUGGUGGUUUUGGGGAUGAUUACGAUGAUGAUAGUUGGGACUCGGCUGAAUUUAAAGGCAAAGGAGAUCUGGAUGAUGUUGGAGGAGACAAAGGUGAUAAGGAUGGAGAAGGUGAUGGAGAUGGCGAUGGUGAAGGUGAUGGAAAGGGCAAGGGAGGUGGCAAAGCAGGUGGUAAAGGUGCUGGCAAAGGUGAUGGCAAAGGAGAUGGCAAAGGUGAUGGCAAAGGAGGCAUCGGUAGCGGAAUUGGUGGUACAGAUGGAAAAAAGCCGGGAGAUAAAGACACCGAUAAAUCCAAAACCGAUUUACCGCAUUCGGGUGGUUCGUUUUUGAGAAGAACAUCUAGUGGUUCAUCCGGAUCAUCGCAGGGGAAGGGCAAAGGCAAGAGGCCACAUAAACCCAGGCCCCCAAAGGGACAUGGCACAGGUUCCGGUGGUUCAGGUGGCGAGUGCAUUAAGGAUUGUCCCUGUGAAAUCUGCAAGUUCAUGAAACGCCCUGAAAUUGAACCGGAUUCUCCAUUAAUUCGCCAGUUGAAGCGAGACGAGAAACGACGCGAACUUAAAGAUUAUUUGAAGCGCAUGUGUCAUCGCCAAUAUAUCAAGAACAAAUUUCCCGAGUAUCCUGCUCCUGCCCAUAGGUGUGACCCCAUACAAUACGACAAUUGUUUCUGCUCCAAUCCUAAACUGGCAGACUAUUGUGACUGCCUGGAUGCGAUGCAGAAACUGCAAAAGUUGUUGGGUCCCAAACAUCGCAUUGUGGACAAUGAAUUGUUGUUUAAUGUGAGGAAUCUCAGGGAUCGGGUCUGUCGACGUUUUUGCGAGUGUCUAUAACCGAUAAAGGACAAAGACAAGUAGCCCAAUAUGAUUAACCGCAAAACUGUAGUAUAUGAAAAUAAUGUGUGACUUGUUUAAAAAUAAAUGUGCGAAAAAUUA